AUGUCAGGCAGAGGAAAGCAGGGAGGCAAAGCGAGGGCUAAGGCAAAGUCUCGCUCCUCGCGGGCUGGGCUGCAGUUCCCGGUGGGUCGAGUGCACCGCUUGCUCCGCAAAGGUAAUUAUGCUGAGCGGGUGGGGGCCGGAGCCCCGGUCUAUAUGGCCGCGGUGCUCAAGUAUCUGACUGCUGAGAUUCUCGAAUUAGCUGGCAACGCUGCUCGGGACAACAAGAAAACCAGGAUCAUCCCCCGUCACCUGCAGCUCGCCAUCCGUAACGACGAGGAGCUCAACAAACUGCUUGGGAAAGUGACGAUCGCUCAGGGGGGUGUCCUGCCCAACAUCCAGGCUGUGCUGCUCCUGAAGAAAACUGAGAGCCACAAGGCCAAGAGCAAGUGA